AUGGUAGAAACAAACAUCUUUGACUGUGGCUCAACUGACUUGCUCUGUGAUAACGAUGAUCCUGUCGAAACUUCCGAUGACCGGAGCCGUUUAACCGACGGCGAUAAGGGCGGGGACGGAUCAGAAUCUGGGUCGUGGCCGAGUUUAGAUUACAUUGGGUGGAUGGUUGAGCGAGACAGUGCACACAUGCCCAGAGAUGAUUAUCUCAAGAGAUUGAGGACCGGGGAUUUGGAUAUGGGUUUGAGGAGACAGGCUCUUGAUUGGAUGAUUAAGGCUUGUGCCCAUCACAGUUUUGGGGAGUUGUGUUUGUAUCUGGCUGCAAGUUACUUGGAUCGGUUUCUAUCGGUGUAUAACAUGCCCGGAGGUAGAACUUGGGUUCUUCAGUUAGCAGCAGUAGCUUGCUUGUCAUUAGCUGCAAAAUUCGAUGAGGUUAACGUGCCUAAUUCCUUGGAUUUACAGGCAGGAGAACCAAAGUUUUUGUUUGAAGCAAAAACUAUACAAAGAAUGGAACUUUUGGUACUCAACUACUUGAAGUGGAACAUUAAACCUUACACGCCAUUUGACUUCAUCGACUAUUUUCUAAGAAAGACGAGUGGCGAUGUUGAAGCCCCAUCAGGGCCGUUGAUCACAAGAUCGAUUCAAAUCAUAUUGAGCACAGUCAAAGGUAUUGAUUUCUUGAACUUCAAGCCUUCCGAAAUAGCUGCAGCAGUGGCUGUUUAUGUUUCAGGCGAAAAACGAGUGAUAGACAUUGAUAAGGCUCUGUCUGGUUUUCUCAUAAUAGAGAAGGACAGAGUCUUGAAGUGCCUAGAACUAAUUCAAGAUUUGAUACCAAUAAGUGGGACUACCUAUUCUUCUUCUAGUAAAACCGCUAAAGCUACAAAUGUGGCUAAUGGUUCGACUGAAUCGCUAUCCGUUUGCGACAGUCCAAACGGGGUCUUAGAUGCCGCUUGUUUGAGCUAUAAAAGUGAUGAAAGAAAAAGAGUUGGUUCCGGUCCAACUCUUUCAGAGGCUAGUCCAGACAAGAAAAGGAGGAAAAUGGACGGGAAAACGGAUUUUGGGGAGAAUCAGAUCAAGCUUAGGGUUCUGGAGACGAUGGUGAACUCGUUGCAGUCGCAAAUGGACGCCAAGGACGACGAGUCGAGUGGCUUGAGGAAUAUAUUGAAUAAAUUUAGUACGGUGUUUUGUGAAGCUAUUGAUGAACCUGAUGCAGAGGGCUGGCAGGGAUUUGGACGGAGGCUGAAAUUUCUCCGGUGGACUAUCCUACGUCGGAGUACGAGUAGGAAGGCAUUGCACUCAGCGGUCCGGAGGUGGAGCAGGGGAAAGGAUCGGAGCUCGACUCGUCCAAGCGUGCGGAUGCGAAAGAAAUAA